UUAGUUCAUAUUCAACAAUAAUAACACAAUACGAAUUCUUCCAUGGAAACGUAAAAUAAAUUAAAGAAUUUUCAAGUCAAGAACACCCAGUUACAAGUUAAAUUCCACAGUAAAAAAAUUCUAGUACUACAUUUAUAAAAAGAUGGCUGCUCCUCCCCCUCCCCCCGGUGGUCCACCAAUGCCCCCUGGAACUCGUGCCACACUUACUGCACAACAAGCGAUGCCACAAGUCAUGGCUGCACCAGCCGGUGGAGACAAAGAAACAAAGGAUAGGAAGGACAAGAAGAAGAGGAGGAGAAGAGACCGUUCUUCGUCCUCUUCAUCGAGUGAAGAUGAGUGUAAAUGUCCUCCACAACAGCCCGCCACCCAAAUCUUCAUCACACCUCCGGGUAUGCCACCGCCCCCACCACCUUCUGGAAAUUCUGGUUGCUCCUGCUGUGAUGCCAUUACCUGUUCAGAGAGAGGAGGAGGUAAAGGUGGAUCAAGCCAGGAUUAUACUGACCCAGCUAAGCUGUGCCAGCUUCAGUGCUUCAAGGGACAGGGUCAAGAGGACACGCAGACCCAGGUCAUCUGCUGUCCUCCCGUGUCUUGCAACGGUUACCAAAAAAAGAAGAAGAAGCGCCAGCAAGAGACCCGAAGAUGCUGUCAGUGUGGGGCAGACCCAGACGAACGUCCUAAGCCGAAGAGGCCGCAGUACGGUAACACAGAGGGGAUGAUGCCAGCCUCUCAACAGUUCCUAAUGUUCCUGCAGGCCUACGGGCUGGCUGCGGCACUCAUCCGGGACAGGAACCGGCGAGAGGAUGAGAGGGCGGAGAAAGAGAAAGAGAGGGAGAGGGAGCGGGAGCGGGAGGAAAGGGAGAAGGAAUCAGAAGCUCGGAACAAAAGCAGAAAGGAGACCAGGAGUCCCGAUGAAGGUAGGAAGGGUUCGGGUAAAGGGAAGAAAAAGUCAGCAGCUUAACAACAUUAAAUUGAUUAAUUAAUUUUCCAUCUAA